AUUUCAGGUGGGGCACAGCGCAGCUCUUUAUCAAGCAGCGAGCAACGACAGCUCUUCUGCCAUAUCCCACUCUCCAAGAACACAAUGGACGCUUCUUCGCUCUUCAACGUCAAGGACAAGGUCAUCCUCGUCACCGGGGGUGGGCGCGGUGUGGGCGAGAUGAUCGCCUCAACCUAUGUCGCCAACGGUGCCAAGGUCUACAUCUCCUCGCGCGAUGCCAAGGCGUGCGAAGCGACCGCCUCCGAGCUCACGGCCAAAGGCCCCGGCAAGUGCAUUGCCAUCGCCGGCGACCUGAGCAAGUACGACGAGUGCAUCCGUCUCGCCAAGGAGAUCGGACAGCGUGAGGAAGUCCUUAACGUUCUCGUCAACAACUCGGGCGCCACCUGGGGAGCACCCCUCGCCGAGUACCCCGACGCUGCGUUUACCAAGCUCUUCACUCUCAACGUGUCUCGCGUGUUUACCCUCACUCAGGCAUUGCUCCCCAUGAUCAAGAAGGGUGCGGACCGCGACGGUGUCGGGCGUGUUAUCAACAUUGGCUCGAUCAACGGUCUCACUGUCCCUGCCAUGGAGACAUACGCGUACUCGUCGUCCAAGGCCGCGCUGCACCAGCUGACCCGCCACCUUGCCACUCAGGUGCCAGGCAACGUGACCGUCAACGCCCUCGCCCUUGGGCCUUUCCGCUCCAAGAUGAUGAAGGCGACUCUCGACGCUGCUGAGCAGCAGAUCGCCGGUGUGCUCCCAUCCAAGCGCAUCGGCACGCCCGAGGACGUAGGAGCCGCAUGCCUGUGGCUUUCAGGCCGGGGCGGUGAGUGGGUCACCGGCACCAUUGUCCCGAUCGACGGCGGCUCCGUUGCCACCCCCUCGCGCCUCUAAAUAUUGCGGCCCAUCAAUGUGACCUUAGAUGCAAAUAUAGCUACAACC